UCCAUCAGUUACAUUCCGAUUUACACCUGCUCGCAAUGCAGCGGGCUAAACUGCUAGGUUUCGUUUCGCUGUUUGCGCUUUUACAACCCGGUCAUUCACAAUGCAACGUGAAUCUUCAGGAUCACCUGGCACCAUUGGAACCUCUGUUCAUUAAAAACGGCCAGCUGUGGGCUCCCGACGGCCCGGAGCUGACUUGGGAGGAACAGGAAAGCACGACGGUCGCAUGUGCUAAAACUAAGCUUGUGAAUGUAAAUAGCAAUACAGCAUCGUUGACGUGUGUGUCGGGGCAGGAUUUCAUCGUGAAUGGGGCGCCGGUGAACUCGACGGAUUUGCAAUGCUCCGGUCGAAUGACCGGAGAGGUUGAAGAAACUGGAGAAACAUGUGGGUCCAGUGGUGGAACAUUGUUGAAACUUGGAUUUAAUGUCGAAGGGAUAGGAUUUAUGACUUACAUAGAAUCGUGCUACGAUAGAGAAGAGGCAUCGGUCAUUUACACUAGACAUACCAUUCCUGGAAAGGCUAUUGAACAUUCUAUUAAAGAGUCCUAUCGACCAUCAUUUAAAGUUGCUGGAGCAUCUUCUCAUGUAAAUCCGGCUACGUCAUACACUCAGCAAGCUCAGCUGAACAGGUUAACCGAGCUGUUGGGCUCCGAAGAGCAAGCCAAAAAGUUUCUCCAAGGUGGGUCAUACUACCUAGCUCGUGGACAUUUAGCACCGGAUGCAGAUGGCGUUUACAGAUCCUGGCAGUGGGCAACCUACUUCUAUGUGAACGUAGCCCCACAAUGGCAAGUUGUCAACGCUGGUAAUUGGUUGGUGGUGGAAAACUUGUCUCGCUCCAAAGCAGCCCAGCUUCAAGAGGACCUGAUAGUGUACGAUGGAGUGCACGAUGUGCUGCUUUUGCCACAUGUUGAUGGCCAAUCGAUACCGAUAACACUUGAAGCCGGCGGUAUUCGAGCACCGAAGUGGUAUUGGAAGAUAAUCGUAUCGCCCGCUACAAGUGCUGGUGUCGCAUUCGUCACCAAUAACGAUCCAUUCCGAACCAGCCUGCCGGUCAAUGAAUUCCUGUGUGACGAUGUGUGUUCUCAGUAUGGAUGGAGUGAUGAAAGAUUUCAAGAUUUCACCCGGGGAUAUACCUACUGCUGCGCGGUAGUUGAUUUACAGACUGCUAUUGAAGACAUUCCCAGCGAUUUACAAGUGAAUCAUGUCUUACAAAAAUAAAUUUCAAUGCUAUACUAUGUUCAAUAUACUGUAGAAUCACAUAUAAGACGCCACACUCAAUUGACGUUCACCGCAUUCUCAGGUGAGUCGCAUUGGACGGGGUUCUGCUAAACCGAACUAAGCGUCAAAAAGUUUAUUCCAAGAUAUUUAAUCAAGCUUAAUGUUCAACCACUCACAAAUAAACUGAAGUUAAGUUUUUUUUUAAUAAAAUCCCCACACAUGUCA